ACUUUCCACAGUAACAUGAAUACUGAACAGACAAACCGAAAUAAUAUCUUCAAUGAUUUAUGUUCCAUUGUUUUAUUCAUAAAAAAAGUUAUGACAGAUUUGCCACGCUUUACUGGAUCUUUAAGAGCAUUUUCUGGUAUUAAUUCCUCCAAUGAUCCAUGUGAACAACAAAAGCUAAGAGAAGAGUUAGAAUGGAAGAAAAAACAGAAAUCAAAACCCACAACAUUAUCAUGGCUCGAAAUACAAAAUCAGGUCACCGAAGGAAAAAAUAAACAAAAGGGAAUUGAUGCUGCAAGAGAGCUUGAAAGUGUUGCACUAAAAUUCAUUGGUGAAGAUGCUAGCCAAGAUGGGGUACAAGAAUCUGCUGCCAUUUUGUUUGAAACAUUUUAUGACACUGAGAAGGUGACACCUGUUGAAUCUUCAAAAUUGAAGAAAACAUUCGGUACAUAUCCUGGUAGUUUAGCAACAAAGGCUUUUGAACUGGUAAAGCAAUUGACAGAGUACAUGCCUAAAAAGACAACAGAAGAAACUAACAAGGAUGUGCUUGGAAAGUCAUACUUUGGAAAAAAUGUAAAGUUAGACAUGGACAUUAUAGAUCAUGAUUUUGAUAGGUUGUUCAGUGAAUACAGUGAAGAAAAUGAAUCAGCCAUUCAAGUUGAUUCCUUUAUCCAACAGUUUAAAGAUAAACUUGAUAUUGAUCAGAAAAACAAUGUUGAAUCAGCUGGUGCCAUACAACAAGAAAUUACGAACAAGACAAAUGACCAGUUCUCCUCCUCCUGGUUACAUACACAUUGUGAACAAUAUUUAAAAGAAAACCCAAGUUCAUUAAGCAGCAAUGAUUUAGCAUCAGCAGUGUUUGAAAUAUUAAGUUCAACUAAAUCCAGUGAUGAAAUACAAAAUGAACUAUUUGAUUUGAUGGGUUUCGAAGCAUUUGAUUUGAUUCAGAAAAUUCUUGAGCACAGACAACAAAUUGUAAAUGCAGCUUGUGAGCAGCAAACAAAUGGUUUUAUUGAAUGUGAUUACCAGUAUCUGGAUCCAACGAGAAAACAUGUCAAGUCUGCCCCAGGUGUACAAGUUACUGUACAGUCUGAGAGGGAGAAACAAAUGCUGAAAAAAAUGCAAAAAGAAGAGCGAAAGUUAAUGCGAAGAGAUCCAGAGUUAUAUAAUGAAAUUUUUAACCAGAACAGAGAGCAACUUGAUGCUAUACAAACACAACCGCUACUUAGGCGAGCCACAACAAAUGCAACUCAACAGUAUCCUUACGUUUUUGACGAAUUUACUGCUCGAAAGCAUGCAUCAUCAUUUAUUGGUGGGACAAAGGUUCUUUUGCCAGAGUCAGCAACAAAAGAAGUUCUUCGUAAAUAUGAGGAAGUAAACAUACCUGCUACUGCCAUAAAACCUCCUUCUCACUUAAACAUGGCUGUAGACAUAUCAGCACUGGAUGAUGUUGCCCGGUUGGUGUUCAGUGGCAUCAAGAAAUUAAAUCGCAUACAAAGCAUUGUUUUUGAUUCUGCGUACAACACAAAUGAAAAUUUACUGGUGUCUGCUCCAACUGGUGCUGGUAAAACUAAUAUUGCUUUGUUAACUAUUGUCCAUGAAAUUAAAAAUCACAUCAAAAACAAUGUUGUGAGGAAAGAAGAGUUUAAGAUAGUUUAUGUUGCUCCAAUGAAAGCUCUUGCAGCCGAAAUGACAAGUAAUUUUGGUAAAAAGUUAGCACCAUUGGGUGUCAUUGUACGAGAGUUAACUGGUGACAUGCAGCUGACAAAGAAAGAAAUACAAGAAACACAGAUGCUGGUAACCACACCAGAGAAAUGGGAUGUUGUCACAAGAAAAGGAUCCAGUGAUGUUGCUUUGUCUCAGUUAGUCAAGUUGUUAAUCAUUGAUGAAGUACAUCUUCUGCAUGAUGAUCGAGGUGCAGUGUUGGAAGCUUUGGUUGCAAGAACGCUGAGACAGGUUGAAUCUACACAAAACAUGAUUCGAAUCGUGGGUUUAUCUGCUACACUUCCCAACUAUCUUGAUGUAGCAAGAUUUCUUAAUGUUAACCCGCAUAAAGGGUUGUUUUAUUUUGAUGGGCGUUUCCGUCCUGUUCCACUACAACAAACCUUUAUUGGUAUUCGAGCAACUGGAUUUCUGCAGCAACAGAAAGAUAUGGACGAAAUUUGCUAUGAGAAGGUUCUGGAUAAUGUAAAACAAGGUCAUCAGGUAAUGGUGUUUGUUCAUGCUCGAAAUGCAACGGUGAAAACCGCAAUGACAAUGAGGGAAAUGUCAAAGCUUGAAGGAGACAACGAGUUGUUUGAACCUGACAAAAAUGCAAACUAUGGUGCAAUGGAGAAAAAAGUAAUGAAGUCAAGAAAUAAACAGUUGCGUGAAAUGUUUCCAGAUGGUUUUGGAAUUCAUCAUGCUGGCAUGCUGCGACAAGACCGUACUUUAGUGGAGUCGUUGUUCUCUCAAGGCUUUAUAAAAGUGCUUGUUUGUACGGCAACGUUGGCCUGGGGUGUCAAUCUGCCAGCACAUGCUGUCAUCAUAAAAGGAACCCAAAUUUAUGAUGCCAAAAAGGGUUCGUUUGUCGACAUUGGAAUUCUUGAUGUGAUGCAAAUAUUUGGCCGUGCUGGUCGUCCACAGUUUGACAAGUGGGGACAUGGAAUGAUUAUCACGAAGCACGAUAAAUUGUCUCACUACCUGCACCUACUUACUCAACAAACACCAAUCGAAAGUCAGCUUGUAAAUAGAUUGAUGGACAACUUGAAUGCAGAGAUAUCACUUGGCACUGUGACGAACACAGAUGAAGGUGUGAAGUGGCUGAGUUACACGUAUCUGUACGUUCGAAUGAGAAUCAAUCCAAUUGUGUAUGGUAUCAAUUACAAAGAAAAAGAAGAAGAUCCUCUGUUAGAAAAACAUCGAUUCGAAUUGAUACGUGAUUGUUCCCGUAAGUUGGAUAAAGCUCGAAUGAUCCGUUUCGACGAAAGAACAAGUUAUGUCUAUCCCACAAAUCUGGGAAGAACUGCUAGUAAUUUUUACAUCGACUUUGCCACGAUUGAGGUAGUGAAUGAAUUUUUUAAGCCCUUUAUCAAUGAAGCAGAAAUCCUGUCAAUCGUAUCGAAAGCGCAUGAAUUUGAGCAAGUCAAGGUGAGAGCAGAUGAAAUACCUGAGUUGGAACAGCAAAUGCAAGACAGUUGCGAGACUGUCAUUAAAGGAGGUGCUGAGAACAGCUAUGGGAAAGUGAACAUCUUGUUACAAGCUUAUGUCUCCAAGGCUCAAUUGGACAGUUUUUCACUUAUAUCGGAUAUGUCAUAUGUGGCACAGAAUGCAGCACGUAUUGUGAGAGCUCUAUUUGAAGUGUCAUUGCAAAAAAACUGGCCGUUGAUGGCAAAACGUAUGCUGACGCUGUCGAAGGUCGUCGACCGAAGAAUGUGGCAGUCGGAACACCCACUCAAACAAUGUGAAGGACUCACUUUCGAAAUUCUGAAUAAACUGGAAAAGCUAAACUUGACGAUAGAUAGGCUGAGAGAUAUGGACUCGAAAGAAAUCGGAUACAUGCUUAAUCAUCCGAAAAUUGGCAUUAAGGUUCGAUCGUACGCAUUUCAGUUUCCACAAGUUGCACUGGCCUCCUCUAUACAACCAAUAACUCGCAACGUGUUGAGGGUUCACCUGCACGUAAUCCCCGACUUUCAAUGGAAUGAUAAAAUGCACGGCGGUGUAGCAGAGCCAUGGUGGAUAUGGGUGGAAGAUCCGGAAACAAAUACUAUUUAUCAUUCUGAGUAUUUUCUGCUGACCAGAAAAGCUGUAAAAGCUAAAGAAACUCAAGUUAUGGUGUUCACCAUCCCAAUCUUCGAUCCACUUCCACCUCAGUACUACGUCCGCGUGGUAUCUGAUCGUUGGCUGCACGCAGAAGCGGUGUGCGCAAUCAGUUUCAAACACCUGAUCCUCCCUGAUCACCAUCCGCCUCACACCGAACUACUGAACUUGCAACCUAUCUCAGUCUCUGCGUUGAGAAAUCCCACGCUUGAAAACCUCUACAAUUUUUCCCACUUCAACCCUAUUCAAACACAGUUGUUUCACACGCUUUAUUAUUCCGACAGUAAUGUUCUGCUCGGCGCACCGACUGGAAGUGGAAAGACGAUCGCAGCAGAGAUCGCGAUAUUUCGCGUGUUUAGAGAAUACCCUGGAACAAAGGCUGUUUAUAUAGCACCGUUAAAGGCAUUGGUGCGUGAGAGAGUUGCAGAUUGGAAAAUCAGACUGGAAAGAAAGCUUGGUAAAAAAGUUGUCGAGUUAACUGGUGAUGUCACACCCGACAUGCGAGCUAUCGUAAACGCCGAUGUUAUCGUAACAACGCCGGAAAAAUGGGAUGGCGUCAGCCGGAGUUGGCAGACGAGAAAGUACGUCAAAGAUGUGUCUCUGCUAGUUAUUGAUGAAAUUCAUUUGUUAGGAGAUGACCGUGGUCCCGUAUUGGAGGUAAUUGUGUCGCGAACGAAUUUUAUAUCGAGUCAUACGACAAAAACAUGUCGAGUCAUAGGAUUGUCCACAGCACUUGCCAAUGCGAAGGAUUUAGCCGAUUGGUUGGGUAUCGGACAGGACGGCUUAUUCAAUUUCCGACCUUCAGUACGACCUGUCCCGUUAGAAGUACACAUCGCUGGCUUCCCUGGCAAACAUUACUGUCCCAGAAUGGCAACCAUGAACAAACCGUGUUUCAAAGGGAUUCAGACUCACUCCCCUACGAAGCCAGUCCUCAUCUUCGUGUCGUCACGUCGACAGACACGUCUGACGGCUUUGGAUUUGGUUGCUUAUCUUGCCGGUGACAGUAACCCGAAACAGUGGCUUCACAUGGACGAAACAGAAAUGGAAAGUCUCAUAAGUUCCGUCCGAGAUCAAAAUCUAAAACUGACUUUAUCAUUCGGCAUUGGCCUUCAUCACGCAGGUCUUCACGAGCGGGACAGAAAGAUAGCAGAAGAGUUAUUUGUAAAUCAAAAAAUACAGGUAUUGAUCGCCACAUCGACGCUGGCUUGGGGAGUAAACUUCCCGGCUCAUUUAGUCAUUGUGAAAGGUACUGAGUACUAUGAUGGCAAAACAAAAAGAUACGUUGAUUUUCCGAUCACUGACGUGCUACAAAUGAUGGGUCGUGCAGGCCGCCCGCAGUACGAUGAUAAUGGCGUAGCUUUAAUCUUGGUUCAAGACUCGAAGAAGCAUUUCUAUAAGAAGUUUCUCUACGAGCCAUUCCCUGUUGAAUCUAACUUAUUAGAGGUGCUACCGGAUCAUUUAAACGCUGAAAUAGUGGCCGGUACAAUCACGUCUAAACAAGACGCUAUGGACUACAUGACCUGGACUUACUUCUUCAGACGUUUACUUAUGAAUCCUACUUAUUAUAAUUUGGACGACACAGGCCAUCAUUCGAUGAACACAUUUUUGUCUAAUUUGAUAGAGGGAGCGAUUUAUGACUUGCAAAGUUCAUACUGUGUUGAUGUCUACGAGGAUGGUAACACACUGGAACCUAGUGUUCUCGGAAGAAUCUCUUCGUAUUAUUACCUGAACCACCUCACAUUGAGAAUGUUCAAAACGAGGUUGACAAGCGAAAUGACAAUGGAAGAGCUUCUAAAGGUUUUAAGCGAUGCGCAGGAGUAUGAUCAACUUCCAGUGAGACAUAAUGAAGACCAGAUGAACGCAGAUUUAGCAGAGAAGUUACCUUUGCAAGUAGAUCGGUACACGUACGAUAGUCCGCACACUAAAACACAUUUACUGCUACAAGCGCACUUCUCCAGAGUGCCUCUUCCAAUUGCUGAUUACGGUACAGACACUAAGUCUGUUCUCGAUCAGGCUAUACGUAUCAUGCAGGCGAUGAUUGACAUUUGUGCAGAUCAAGGCUGGCUGGCCAGUGUUCUGCAAAUUAUCAACCUUAUCCAAAUGGUGAUUCAGGGCCGUUGGUAUUACGAUAGCUCCCUACUGAUUCUACCGCAUGUCAAAGAUGAAAAUUUAAAGUACUUUAAAAUCCAAUCUAAAAAGAGAUCAACCCCGUCAAGCCUAAUUAGCAGCAUACCAGAAUUGCUCCAGAUUUAUCGAUCAAACAAUAAAAGUCUUCACGCAAUGUUGAACAAAGUGAUGAACAAAAAAGAAAUUGACGAGAUUUCACAUGUAUUAUUAAAGUUACCCAUCGUUGAUCUGGCGGUUCAUAUUCACGGCUCGUGGUUAGACGAAGUUGGGAAAGUAAGGCAACAAACUCAUCUAAUCGACUUGACGGAGUACCGUCGGACAGAUCAAGUAUGGUUAAAAGUACAUGCUGAUCAAGAAUAUUCGUUAAAAAUUAAAUUAAAUAGAUCUCAGAUAAGCGAGAAGCGUUUCGACCAAAAAGGGUACGCGCCAUUAUUUUCAAAACCAAAAGAUGAAGGAUGGUUUUUUGUUGUCGGCGAAGUCGAUAAUAAUGAUUUGGUAGCGUUGAAGCGUGUUGGUGCAAUACAUCGGCGCGAUACCACAGUGACGUUAGCAUUCUUCACACCAGAUAAUGUCGGGAGAAAAAUAUACACGCUGUAUGUGAUGAGUGAUAUUUACCAAGGCCUGGAUCAGCAAUACGACUUAUAUUUUGAUGUUAUACAGCCUUUAAAUGACGAAGAAGGAUGAUAUUUGUAGAGGAUUUGAUGCAUCAAUAGUAGCUUUUUCUGGGAUAUUUCGUCUAUUUAGCAAAAUACUAGUAAAGUAGUAUACCCUCACUUUCAGCUUUUCUGUCUUUUUUGGCUUUAAUAUAUUAAAAUUAAAAGGUGCCACGUUGCUGGUUGGACAUAAAAGUAUUUGUAGAGGAUUUGAUGCAUCAAUAGUAGCUUUUUCUGGGAUAUUUCGUCUAUUUAGCAAAAUACUAGUAAAGUAGUAUACCCUCACUUUCAGCUUUUCUGUCUUUUUUGGCUUUAAUAUAUUAAAAUUAAAAGGUGCCACGUUGCUGGUUGGACAUAAAAGUAGGGGAAAUUUUCGAAAACGCUUUUCUGGUUUAAAAGUUUUUUUAGUAGACAAUCUAAAGUGGACGAAAUGUGCGAAUGGAAAAAGCUAUUUACAAGAAUCUUCAAUUUAAUAAAUUUAUAAAUUUUAUGUUGCGUUUUAUUUAUAUGAAUAAAUUAGAUAUUUUAAACCAUAAAA